AUGGCUGGCAUACCACCAUCCAUCCGAGCCGGCAGCUGCUGGGAAUGGUAUGUCUUCAGCAAUCAACCGAGUCCCUUUGUGUCUCGACGUGGCACCGCCGGGAGAUCCAGACUCCCAUCCCCCGAAGAUCCCCGAGCUGCCCUCGAGGUGCCGGAUCUUGCAUGGUAUUUCCACAAUUACAUAACCGAGCUGGCAAAAUGGUAUGACCUCGGCGAUGCCCUGCGCCAGUUUGCAACAAAGGUGCCCGAGGUGGCCCUAGAUCAGCCGCUCCUCUUCAGCGCAGUCAUUGCCUUGUCCGCCGAACACCUGUGUCGGACGACAGGGCCCAAGAUCGCCAGGGAAACGGCCGCAUUCUACCACGGCCACUGCGUCCGUCGUCUGAUCCAACUGGAUGGGGAGAGCGAGUUGUUGACGAAUGGCGUCGCGCUAGCUGCGGCGUGUCUGUUGCGGUCGUACGAGAUCCUCGAUGAGGAUAUCGACCCCAACAGACAUCUCAGGGGCGCAUACUCACUGGCAUCAUGUGAAGACUCUAUCGCAGGGAGUUCCCCGGACAGCCUCCUCGCUGCUGGGUUCUGGAACUAUCUGCGUGAGGACAUUACGUUCAGUUUAUUUGAAGGCUGUCCGUUGAAGAUGGAUGUGACUGAGUCUGCUGCUCCGAGCUUGGCGAAUGGACAUGACCAGCAACUCCACUCCAUCUCGCUCAUACUCGGUCAAAUCAUCAACAAGGCAUUUCGAAAUGGCAUCUCUGCGACUGACUGGCAGCAGCUUGUCGGCAUGGCGCACGCCUGGCUUGAUGAGCUCCCGCCGCACGUCAAGCCAUAUUCCAGAGGCCGGUCGGUGACUUUGUCGACGGUAGGCGAAUUACCAAGCUUCUGGUUCCUCCAAGAUUUCCACGCAUCUGCGAGGCAAUAUCUCCUUGUUUCACUCUCCAUACUCGCCGUCUUUGCACGACCUGACCAGCUCUCAAUGCUUCCACCAGUGGACGCCGGCACCAGCAUUGCCAGCCACGCGGCAAACAAAGAGGACCUUCUGGAUGCAUACGCCCUCGAAAUCUGCGGAAUCGCGUUCACAACAAACAUCGCCGCAGUGAUUGUAAACUCGUUCGGUCCUAUUGCCUACUGUGGCAAGUUCGUACGGUCCGAACCAGCCAGACAAGAGGUCAUCCGCCGCCUGGCCGCGUGCAAACGCCCCGUCGGCUGGCCGGUCGAGCGCCUCAUCUCCGGCCUCCAGCAGUCCUGGGCAGCAGCAGGCCAUUCCCAGCUGAGGGGAUCACCACCUUCUUCUGGGGAAGCGGGGCCGAGUCCGGGGGCUGCUUAG